AUGGACGCAGCACCCACCCCGCGCCUCGGUGACCGAUGCUCCCAGCAACCUCCAGCCGAACUACGGCCUUCGUCGACUGCCAGGCAAGCCCUAGCUACGUCCGCGCAGGGCCCGGAAAGACGAGCCGAGCUCCGUGCGAGCUACCCGACAGCCCGUGCAAUGCCUGCGGCGCCGCCAGGCAUCUUGAAGAGGAACCACAGAUGUUGGCUCACUGGUCGAUAA